GUAGAUAAAAGUAAAUAAAUAAAUAAAUAACAGUAUAAAUGAAUCUGUUAGUAUUAAUAGAUUGCACGUUAUAAUUUUCCCAAAUCUUAGAUUUAGAUAGCGGAAUGUUCAAAUUAGUCACGCAAGGUUCUAUUAUUCAGUACCGAAGCUAUAAUGACUACGGACAGGCCAUGCGGAGGGAAAUACCCAAAUAUCUGGAGGGAAUUCGAAGGACGUGAACGUGAUGGCUUCAAACGCAAGUAUUGGGUGCAGGAUUUAACGGAAGAGCAUUUCGAUGCCGUUAUUAAAGUCCUCUUCGAAGGAUUCGUGUCAGACGAGCCGCUGUGUAAAUUCUUGAAAAUAACCGAAGAUGAAGAGGCCUUGGCUGAAAUGAAGGAGCUGUAUUUGGAUACAUUACGUCAAAAGUACGGUUUAAUAUGCUUUACCAAAGAUAACGAUGGGACUCAAAAACUGGUUGGAUUCAACUGCACCAGUCGCCGGAUGCCUAACGAUCGUAAUUUCGAAUGCAGCAACGAGAAGGUGAAGUUGUUUUUAGAAUACGAAGAUAAAUAUAUUCCGGGUUAUAAGCAGCAGAUGGAAAAAUUGAACAUCAAAGAUUAUUUGUCUGCUGUUGGGCUUUUUGUAUUACCAGAGUACAGAGGCGAGAGCAUUGGUUUGCAGAUACUCAAGGCCAGGGAACCACUUUGCAAAGCGCGUGGCAUCAAUAUAAGCGUCACUUUAUUCACAUCAAUUGCAUCUCAGAAAUUGGCUGUUAAAGCUGGUUACAUCGAUUUAAUGCCGGAAGAUGCGCCGUCCUAUACUCCAGCUAACAAAGACGAAGAAUACUUGACCGAACUUGCCAAAGGAUGCAGAUUUAUGUAUAUAUUUUAUUGAGUUUAGAACAAUUUAGACUAAUCUUCUUAUUGUGAAUUAUAUAAAUAGUUAAAACAAUUCAAGUGGAAUUUAACAAUAUGAUAUCAACUUCACAUUGGGAA